CCCCCUCCACUCAAAUCUGUGCUCCCUCCCUUCUCUCUCCUUCCAGCCCGGCCGCAGCCCCGGGCGCGGAUGCCCGCCCGACGACCGCCUUCUCUACCGGAUCGGCUCCUCCUCCGGUCUGCGCGGCUCCAGGCAAGCCUCCAUCCGUGCGAGCGCCCAGUCUGGCUGGGGAGCGCAGAGACACGAGGACCUUCAAGUUCUCCGAGCUGCAGAAAUCUUUCUUCUGAGAGCCUAGUUCCUCCCCUUCUGGGCCCAGGAAGCUGUGGAAAGGCUGCCUUUUGUUGGUGAUGGUCUUCUAUCUGAUCCCAGACUCCAGAUGACUCCAGAGCCUGUGGAGCUGCACUGAGAGGGUUAGAUUGGAGGUUGUGUAGCCCCUGAAACAAGAAGCCUUUGUACUGCUUUGGACUCAUUCUGAAAGCACAGGGACAAGGAACAUGAGAGACUGCUUUGGCACCAGCACUAGUACCAUGAGUCCCUGCACUGGUUAAGGCCAUCCCCACAACCUGGGCAGGCAGCAAGGGCUCUGUGUUUGCAGAGAGCAGAAAUGACCAUGACUGCCAACAAGAAUUCCAGCAUCACCCACGGAGCUGGAGGCACUAAGGCCCCUCGGGGGACUCUGAGCAGGUCUCAGUCAGUCUCUCCCCCUCCAGUUCUCUCCCCACCAAGGAGUCCCAUCUACCCGCUCAGUGAUAGUGAAACGUCAGCUUGCAGGUACCCAAGCCGCACCAGCUCCCGGCUGCUCCUCAAGGACUGGCACCCCUGUGAUCCUUCACCCCACAAUCCUCAAGCCCCCUCCCCAGACACUUCACCACCCAUCUGUACCCUCAAGGCCACCAGCUUUGGUUAUUUGGACGGAAGCCCUUCAGUGUGCAAGAGAGAGGACCAGAAGGAGAAUGUCCAGGGGGCAGCCCAGGAUGUAGGGGGAGUAGCUGCUUGCCCCCCCCUCGCCCAGAGCACUCCGUCCCUGGGGCCAGCAGUGGGCCCGCGGAGUGUCUUUCUGAGCCGCACUGGCCCCCGCGCCCACAGCCUGGGCAUCCGGGAGAAGAUUUCAGCAUGGGAGGGUCGCCGAGAGGCUUCGCCCAGGAUGAGCAUGUGUGGAGAGAAACGGGACGGCUCUGGGGGCGAGUGGGCAGCCAGUGAGGGCUGCCCCAGCGUGGGCUGUCCCAGUGUGGUGCCGUCCCCCUGCAGCUCUGAGAAGACCUUCGACUUCAAGGGCCUCCGGAGGAUGAGCAGGACCUUCUCCGAGUGUUCCUACCCUGAGACCGAGGAGGAAGGAGAGGCACUCCCCGUUCGGGACUCCUUCUACCGGCUGGAGAAACGGCCAGGCCGGAGUGAGCCCAGUGCCUUCCUCAGGGGGCCUAGCAGCAGGAAGGAGAGCUCAGCAGUGCUGAGUCGGAUCCAGAAAAUUGAACAGGCCCUGAAGGAGCAGCCAGGCCGGGGACUCCCCCAGCUCCCUAGCAGCUGCUACAGUGUAGACCGAGGGAGAAGAAAGACUGGGAUCUUGGGCACCUUGGAGGAACCGACAGGGAGCUCCAGUGUGAGCGCUGGCAGCCUGGCAGGAGGAGUGGCCGGAGUUGGGGGGGAGGCGGGCCCACCCCCAGAGAGGGAAGGCAGUGGCUCCACUAAGCCAGGGACCCCUGGAAAUAGUCCGAACUCCCAGCUGCUGCCAUCAAAGAGCUCCCUUGAUCCCGCUGUGAACCCUGUCCCCAAACCCAAGCGCACCUUUGAAUAUGAGGCUGACAAGAACCCCAAGAGUAAGCCAAGCAAUGGUCUACCUCCUUCACCCACACCUGCUGCUCCACCGCCCCUGCCCUCCACCCCAGCCCCACCAGUCACCCGGAGACCCAAGAAGGACAUGCGUGGUCACCGCAAGUCCCAGAGCAGAAAAUCCUUUGAGUUUGAGGAUGCAUCCAGUCUCCAGUCCCUGUACCCCUCUUCUCCCACUGAGAAUGGUACUGAGAGCCAACCCAAGUUUGGAUCCAAAAGCACUUUAGAAGAGAAUGCCUAUGAAGAUAUUGUGGGAGAUCUGCCCAAGGAGAAUCCAUAUGAGGAUGUGGACUUAAAGAGCCGAAGAGCAGGACGAAAAUCCCAGCAACUGUCUGAGAACUCCUUGGACUCUUUGCACAGGAUGUGGAGUCCUCAGGACAGGAAGUACAACCACCCCCCCGCUCAGGUCUCCCUGAAGCCCGGCAGCCAGACCCUGCGCAGUGGGAAUUGGUCAGAAAGGAAGAGCCACCGGCUGCCACGAUUACCCAAGAGGCACAGCCAUGACGACAUGCUGCUGCUGGCGCAGUUGAGCCUGCCGUCUUCACCCUCCAGCCUCAACGAAGACAGCCUCAGCACCACGAGCGAGCUGCUGUCUAGCCGCCGGGCCCGCCGCAUUCCCAAGCUUGUCCAAAGAAUUAACUCCAUCUACAAUGCCAAGAGGGGAAAGAAGAGGUUAAAAAAGCUGUCUAUGUCUAGCAUUGAGACAUCAUCGCUGAGAGAUGAGAACAGUGAGAGCGAGAGCGACUCUGAUGACAGGUUCAAAGCCCACACACAGCGCUUAGUCCAUAUCCAGUCCAUGCUGAAGCGUGCACCCAGCUACCGGACCCUGGAGCUGGAGCUGCUGGAGUGGCAGGAGCGGGAGCUGUUUGAGUACUUCGUGGUGGUAUCCCUCAAGAAGAAGCCAUCCCGAAACACCUACCUCCCUGAAGUCUCCUACCAGUUUCCCAAGCUGGAUCGACCCACCAAGCAGAUGCGGGAGGCAGAGGAGAGGCUCAAGGCUAUUCCCCAGUUUUGCUUCCCUGAUGCCAAGGACUGGCUGCCUGUGUCAGAGUACAGCAGUGAGACUUUUUCUUUCAUGCUGACUGGGGAAGAUGGCAGCAGACGUUUUGGCUACUGCAGGCGCUUGCUGCCAAGUGGGAAAGGGCCUCGGUUGCCAGAGGUAUACUGUGUCAUCAGCCGCCUUGGCUGCUUCGGCUUGUUUUCCAAGGUUCUGGAUGAGGUGGAGCGCCGGCGUGGGAUCUCCGCCGCUUUGGUUUAUCCCUUCAUGAGAAGUCUCAUGGAAUCACCCUUCCCUGCCCCAGGGAAGACCAUCAAAGUGAAGACAUUCCUGCCGGGUGCUGGCAAUGAGGUGUUAGAGCUGCGGCGGCCCAUGGAUUCCCGGCUGGAGCACGUGGAUUUUGAGUGCCUUUUUACCUGUCUCAGUGUGCGCCAGCUCAUCCGGAUCUUUGCCUCACUGCUGCUGGAGCGUCGGGUCAUUUUUGUGGCAGAUAAGCUCAGUACCCUAUCCAGCUGCUCCCAUGCGGUGGUGGCCUUGCUCUACCCCUUCUCCUGGCAGCACACCUUCAUUCCUGUUCUCCCGGCCUCCAUGAUCGACAUCGUCUGCUGUCCCACCCCUUUCCUGGUUGGCUUGCUCUCCAGCUCCCUCCCCAAACUGAAGGAGCUGCCUGUGGAGGAGGCACUGAUGGUGAAUCUGGGGUCUGACCGAUUCAUCCGACAGAUGGAUGAUGAGGACACGCUGUUACCUAGGAAGCUACAGGCGGCUCUGGAGCAGGCUCUAGAGAGGAAGAGCGAGCUGAUCUCCCAGGACUCUGACAGCGAUUCCGACGAUGAAUGUAAUACCCUCAAUGGGCUGGUGUCAGAGGUGUUUAUCCGGUUCUUUGUGGAGACUGUUGGGCACUACUCUCUCUUCCUGACCCAGAGUGAAAAGGGGGAGAGAGCCUUUCAGCGAGAGGCUUUCCGCAAGUCUGUGGCCUCAAAAAGCAUCCGCCGUUUUCUUGAAGUUUUUAUGGAGUCUCAGAUGUUUGCUGGCUUCAUCCAAGACAGGGAGCUAAGAAAGUGUCGGGCAAAGGGCCUCUUUGAGCAGAGAGUGGAGCAGUACUUAGAGGAACUUCCAGACACUGAGCAGAGUGGAAUGAAUAAGUUUCUCCGCGGUUUGGGCAACAAAAUGAAGUUCCUCCACAAGAAGAAUUAAGCCCCUUUCCCAGUAACAGAGUCCAGUGCCUUUGCAGGGCCUGAGGCCUGGAGCCUGGGGAGGGGGCCCAGCCUUGGACAUUCUGGGCUGCUGUGGCUGCUCUGCCCCCACAGACCCUACCCUCCAAGCCAGCCCACCUCUGCCUUCACAAUAUCCCAGGAUACUGUUUGUAAAUAAUCUGCUGUAAGCUUUUCUUAUCUGUUUUUGUAACGAGCAAAGAGAACCUGGUAAAUAUUUGUAUAUUCCCAAGGGGCUGGGUGCUUUCCUGCCCUGCCCGAGCAUGGAUGAAGUUUUGCUGGGUGCUGGUGACUGGCCAAUUAUGUGCAGCUGACUGUCUCAGCCGAACCACUGAUCUUCCCCUGGGGGCUCCUGGCCGGCCUGCCUGCCUAAGGCCCCUGCUGCCAGUCUUGGGCCCUGGAGAGCAGAUGCUGUCUUGGUAUGUACAGGACUAUUUUUUUUUUUUAAUCUUAGAGGUUCUAUUUUUUUCUAGUAGUCCCCCUCCCCUAACCCCGUUUUUGAAAGGCAAAGGCCAAUCAGUCCCCACUUGCAGCACAGUACCAGGCUCUUGAGCCUGGCCUUCUCUUGUUCCUCUCACCUUUGUGAAGGUCAGUGAGUCACGGGAAGCCCACCCCAGCUCUGCAGUGUUCUCCAGGCCCGGCUCCCAGUCAGUGGUGGCCACGAUGCGGUACAGGGCAUCCUUCCUUUCCACCAUCUACGGGUGUUCUCAAUAAACAGUAUAGUUGUUUGGGCCUAGAGCCCUAUGUGUUUCUUGGCUUCAUUAUCUAGAGUUCUUUCUCCAGGGCGGGUGGGCUGAGACAGGCCAAUCAGGAAUGAAACACCUUCAUGCAGGGAACUGAGUACUUAAUUAGGAGUUUAGCUUCAGUGUGGGUCACUGACCUUCCCUGAAAUUCAGUUCUCUGGCCUGAGCUGUAUGACUGGUCUUAGAAGAUAUCUAAUCAUUGUUCUAGCUCAGCUUCCCUCUCCAGUUGCCAACUGUUUAGAUUCUGUGUAGGUGUUUCCAGUGAUGGAAAGAAUGCUCAUUGCCCCUUGGCCCAACUAUUAGGUGAAUCUUAACAUUUUCCUAUUCAGUAUGAAGUAAGACACCACUGGGUAUCCUGACAAUGGGUGGAGUGAAGCCUCGCUAAAGCCAGAUCAGGGCUUGCUCAUAUCCCUGGCGCAUUGCCUAUGGCCCUUCCAUGUCAACUGUGAAUAGAUUUUUUCCAUUGGAACCCUAGGUGUGCAUACAGAAAAUUCUGCUGUACUCCUUAGAAAAGCAAGGAGAGAAGCAGGGUGGGCAAUAUGGGUGGCUCAGGCUUUCCACCCACCCAAGGCCUUUGCAGAGCAGAGACCUUGAAAAUUCCCAGGGUGAAGCUGGAACUCUCUUCAUUGGUAUUGGCUUUGGGUCUGGCAGGAUUUGAACCAUAAAGUUUUCCUAUCCUUCCACCCUAGCCUACUUGUUAAGUGGGAGAAGAUCUAUUCAUUUUUGAGUCCCCCUUUCUCCUUUUCCGCAUCUCUACUGAGGCCUGCACAGAUCCCAACCUGUCCAUGGUUUGGGUUGCCAUAUGCUUCAUGAAGCAAAGUAGAAGGUUUGUCUUUUAAGAGGACAAAAGUAAUCAUCUUCCCUGAAAAAGCCUCUUACAUAGUUGGCUUUGGCAUCUUCUGGGAAUAGGAGGGCAUGGAUUGACGCCUCUUGAGUCUGGGUUUUCAACUGAGGUAGAACACAGUGGUUAUAACCAGAAAGUCCAAACUGGGGUGUAGUUACCUCCAGAAUUCGUGACUAUUAACUCAGCCUGGGCAUGACAGUCAUAGAAGUGGAUUCCUUAAUAAAAUAAUAAGACAGAUUCCAAAA